AUGAGACUUUCUUUCGUUCUUCCCGAUGGACGUCUCAUUUCGCUUGAUACUCCCAGUGAUACACUUAUGUGUAGUCUCAGACUAAUGGUUUCCAUUGAGGCAGGAGUACUGGAGUCAAACACUGUGUUGUUGAAAAAUGAUCAACGUCUGACCAUUGGGCCAAGCAAUACAGUUAAUGAUUGCAACCUUCAUGACGAUGACCUCCUCUCUGUACAGUUUGAGGGGUCAGGGUUAGCUGUCAAUAAUCCCUUACCAGGCUCUGCAGCUGCCUUUCCUGGUUCUUCAGGAUCAACCAAUCCCCUGGAAAGCGUUUCUACCGUAGAAGCCAUUCGACAGUCAUUCUUGCGGCUUCCAGAUCAACAGUUGACUGGGAUUCGCGAGCGAGAUCCCCGGUUCUACGAGGCCUUACAGGAUUCAAGUGCAUUUUGGCGUUAUUCUCAAGCGAUUCGAUCUGCAGAAUCUGAUAUUGAUUUGACAUUUGCUGAUACAUUGAAUCCUGAGGUACAGCGCCGAAUCGAGAGGGUUAUCAGGCAGAACAACAUCGAUCGCGAAAUGGAAUCUGCAAUGGAGCACUAUCCAGAGACCUUUGGUGCCGUCACAAUGCUAUAUGUGGCCUGUGAAGUGAACGGCUUUCCCAUGAAGGCUUUUGUCGACUCCGGUGCGCAAACAACCCUCAUGAGUCUUUCCUGUGCUCGCAGUUGCAAUCUUGAGCAUUUGAUCGAUAAACGUUUCCAGGGCAUGGCCUAUGGUGUUGGAACUCAAAAAAUCAUCGGUCGAAUUCACCAGGCACAGCUCAAGCUCGGUGGCACUGCAGUCCCCACUUCAUUUAUCGUGCUAGAGGAACAGCAGAUGGACAUAAUGAUAGGACUGGACAUGCUGAAGCGUCACAGAUGUUGUAUCAACCUUGCUGAGAAUGUCCUCACUGUGGGCGAUCACACUAGUGUGCCCUUCCUCCCCGAAUCCGAGCUGCCAGCCUUCGCUAAACCCUCCAACUUUGGCCUUGUCCCGCAAGUAGCCCCUAGCUCUGAUGAGGUCUGUUAUUUACCCUCUCCCCAUGCGGCCUGUUGGAUAUAUUAUUUUCCAAGUGUUGAGUGCUGGUCAAGGCUGUGGUCGCAUUGUCUUAGCGUCAUUUAA